AGAACAUCGCGUGUGCUCUGCAUAUUAGCUACUCACCACCUUCCAGUUGAUCCUUGCGUCAUCCCAGAUACCUUCUACAUUCCACUCUCGAUGACGGAAGGUAGUCUGCGACGAAUAUCCUCCAAAAAGAAGGUUAAAUUUGUCGCUUCACUAAAGAAGAGAUCCUCGUCAACGGGAGCGAUCCGCAGCUCUAAUGAAAGGGAAUCAGAGACACGCGAAACAGCUCGCUUUCGUCUGCAAUUUACUCAGGGGGACUUGCAUUGCCGUUUGUCGCACAACACUCCUCCAGGACAUUUGCCGCGGAAGUUGGAGUGGGACACUGAUCUGACUCUGAUGAAUGACGAGCAAAGAUGUGCAUUACUUAUUAAGUUUUCGGACGCUAUGGGUAUCAUGAGUCACCCGUACAGGAUUGUGGCUGAGCAGGGGAUGAUUGAUCUUCUCAGUACAGCAACAAGUGUCAACAGUGUCAUGGCAGCUCUUCCAGCUAUCGUGAAUGGGAUCCGCUUCACUUUGCUACAUCCUGAUCAAUCUAAAAGAGUGUACGCCUUGAAGAUUAUGUGCAUGUUGACUAGCAUACAUGGCUGUGGUCCAAACCUUGUUCCGUUCUAUGGGCGCUUACUUGCCCCCUUACGUAAGUACCUACACACUGAUGCAGAAAAUGUAUAA